UGGUCUGUGGUCUGCGGUAAAUCCACAGGAGGAGAAGAAGAACGCAGUCAGGUUUCUUUGUGUUCUUUAGGUUUAGUGGAUAUUUCUGAUCGAUUUUCCACGUUCUCUGAUUAUUUCCCGUCCUUUUUCCCCAUCUAUAAUUGUUUAUAUAAACAGCAGCGGAAGUGAAAAUGAGUGAAGUGGAGCUGUCAUGUUUGGCUUAUGUGAAAAUGUUCCUGCACGCCAGCCUGUUUCCCCACUGCAGUGUGAACGGGCUGCUGUUAUCCUCCAGUUCAUCUGAGGGCCCUGUGUGUGUUACAGACUGUGUUCCUCUACUUCACUCCCAUUUAUCGCUGGCUCUCACGACACAGCUAGCGCUUACUCAGGUGGAUGUAUGGUGUGCACAGACACAGCAGAGGAUCGUGGGAUAUUAUCAGGCUAACGCAUCUCUAUCAGAUAGCAGCCCAUCACCAUGUGCUCUGAAAAUUGCAGAUAAGAUCGCGGAGCAGUACAGUAAUGCAGUUCUACUGAUGAUUGAUGGUAGGAAAAUGUCCCCAGACUACCGUGUUCCCCCAAUAGUGAUGUAUGAACAUAAAGACUCUCGCUGGACCCUUAAAGACAAACACACAAUAAUGCUUCAUCAGUGGGAGGAGACUCGUUUGAUUGCCAGCCAGCUGCUGAAUUCAUUGGAUCGCACGCUCCUGGUGGAUUUCGACAGCCAUUUGGAUGACAUAAGGAAAGACUGGACCAAUCAGAAGCUAAAUGCCAAGAUUAUGGAGCUGGCCUCUCCGGCUAAUGGCAGCAUGUGAAUUGUGUAGAGACAUUAUCACAUAGAUAGAAUAUGCUGAGUAAUUUAUUUAAUGUAGAGAAUAUCUGAUUUAAACACUUGGAACUAUUUUUUUGGAUAUCUGAUAUUUGUCUUAUAUGCACAUGUAUAACACUACUGUAUUUGAAUAUGAGUUAUAAUAAUAUGGAUGUUGAGAAGAUGAUUGUGUGCUGAAUGAUGAGGUACAUGCUUGUCUAAUAAAUUCAUACUAAAACAA